AUGGACGAGGCACUAUUCUACAUUUCCCAAGGAGAUCUCACUGACGCUAAAAAGUCAGCAGCUGAGUCAUUUGCGUAUACUUCGUCAAUUCAUUCCUCCAAACAAUAUCAAUCAUAUAGACACGCUUCAUCACCACUUAAUGGGGCAUGCAUCACUGGAAUAGGCCCCGGAGAACGUAUAUUCACAUGCGAUUCGAAAAAAGCAUUGAUAAAUGUGUACUCUUAUGGGAAAGAAGGUAUAGAUCAACGAAUACCCGUUCCUGAAGCAUUAACCACUUUACACAUUGUUCAUCAUCCUCACAUUGACACCAAAACAGAUGAACAUGGUGCUCAAAUUCUUCACCAAAAGCCAACAUUUAGAGUACCGUGGUUGAUUUGCGGCGGUUCAAAGCUGGGUAAAUUGUACAUUUGGGAACUAUCAUCUGGUGACUUGCUUUGUGUCAAAGAGGCACAUUAUCAAGGAAUAUCAGUUAUCAAGUCAAGUAGUUGUAAAACAUUUUUGGUUACUGGUGGUGACGAUGCGAGAGUCCUAGUCUGGAACUUGGCUGAUUUGAUAUCCAUAUAUGGUGGUAGUGGUAGUGGUAACAAGGGAGGUGGAGACGAACAAGGUCAAGACAAUUUACGGUUGGUUAAACCAUAUUGGGCUAUCGCGGAAAACACCUUGUCCAUAACAGAUAUAACGUUGAACCCAACUGGAGUCAUUAACGACUUGAAGUUGUACACAAGUUCUAAAGAUGGUACGGUGAGAAUAUUUGACGUUAUGACGAAGAGCCAAUUGACUACUUUUAUCUUGCCACAUUCAGCUGAAUGUUUGAGUCUUGAUCCUGCAAACAGAGCAAUUUACGUUGGAUUAUCCAAUGGGCAAAUCAAAAUGAUUCCACUAUACAAGUUCAACUCCCACACUUCUGUUCUCGAAGGUGUUGGAGGGAUGAAUAAAAUCAUAACCAUCGACCCACAAGACCCCAAUUUGUCAAACACAUUUGUUCAGCACGCAGACUCAUCGUCGUCGGUAUUGCAGAUUUGUGUGUCAAUGGAUGGAACCAGUUUGAUAUCUGGAGAUUCAAAGGGUCAAAUCUACGUUGCCGAUAUUGUUACAAAACAAACAAUUAAGGGCUUCCCUAGUUUGAAUUUCCCAAUUGCGUAUAUUCAUUUGGAAACGAUACUGUCUAAAACAUUGGAUGUGACGCAAAAUUCCAUCAGGUCCGAUAAGAAACAUCGUAUGGUUCCCACUUUGAAACGUGUGCUAGCGAGUAGUGAUCCAGUUCAUCACACUUUGUUUAUGGAUAUCCCUGAAAGAAUUAUUCUUAACAAUGGCGAGAAUGGCGGCGAUGAUAUUGAUGAUUACGAUGAUGAAAGUGACCACGGAUUUAGCUCGUGGUUGGAAAGGAAACGAAUUGAAGAAUUGCAAUUUAGAAACUUAUCGGAUAUCGACUCAACCGUGAAAACAAUUGGCAACAAAAACAAGGACAACACUGACAAAGUUAACUUAGCAAGUAAUAAUACAGAUUUGGAAUUGAAGUUGAAAAAAGUUUCUGAAGCGUAUACCGACUUGAGAAGCAAAUAUGAGCAACUCAUCAAAGAGCAUGCCAAACUUCUUGACGACAAAUGA